CUGCAGCAAGGCAAAAAAUUUUAAUUCGAUUUUGUUCGGUCUAAUUUUCGGUGAUCAAUUUUUUAUUGCCAAAUACCGUAAAAAUCAAAUUUUUUGAAUAAAAAAGUCAAUUAAGUUUUUGUAAAGUGUUCAAAUUUCACAAAAUUUAGUGUCUCGAAGCAAUAACUAUGGCGCAACCACAGAAGCCAGCCUAUCAAAAUAAAUUUAUAUACACCACUCUGCCACGCACCCAACGGGGUCAGCCUAUUGUGCUAGGCGGCGAUCCUAAAGGUAAAAAUUUCCUCUACACUAAUGGAAAUUCGGUGAUUAUUAGGAAUAUUGAGAAUCCAGCUAUCGCAGAUGUCUACACGGAACAUUCGUGUGCCGUUAAUGUAGCCAAAUAUUCACCAAGUGGCUUCUACAUUGCAUCAGGCGACGUCUCUGGUAAAAUACGCAUUUGGGAUACUGUGAACAAGGAGCACAUAUUGAAGAAUGAAUUCCAGCCGAUUGGCGGUCCUAUUAAGGACAUUGCUUGGUCGCAAGACAAUCAGCGCAUUGUGGUGGUCGGCGAAGGGCGUGAACGUUUCGGACAUGUUUUCAUGACAGAAACCGGCACUUCAGUGGGUGAAAUUAGCGGUCAAUCGAAACCGAUUAAUUCAUGUGAUUUUCGUCCUGCACGUCCCUUCCGUAUUGUAACUGGUAGCGAAGACAACACCAUCGGUAUCUUUGAGGGUCCCCCAUUCAAAUUCAAAAUGACGAAACAGGAACAUUCACGUUUCGUGCAGGCCGUACGCUAUUCACCCGAUGGCAAAUUUUUUGCCUCAGCUGGUUUUGAUGGUAAAGUCUUCCUUUAUGAUGGCGCUAGCUCUGAAUUGAUUGGUGAAUUUGGUAGUCCUGCACAUAAGGGUGGUGUUUAUGCUGUCGCAUGGAAACCAGAUGGCACACAAUUGCUUACUUGCUCGGGAGAUAAGACUUGUCGUUUGUGGAAUGUGGAAACACGUGAAUUAAUUAACGAAUUUCUAAUGGGCACCACCGUUGAUGAUCAGCAGGUGUCUUGUUUAUGGCAAGGCGAACAUUUGCUCACCGUUUCGUUGUCGGGUAAUAUUAGUUACUUGAAUGUUGAAGAUCCAACGAAGCCACUGCGCGUUGUUAAGGGUCACAAUAAACCCAUUACUGUGCUGGGAUUGAGCGAUGAUCGUAGUACCAUAUAUACUGGUAGUCAUGAUGGCGUUGUGACGAAUUGGAAUUCGGGCAGCGGUGUAAACGACCGCGUUGCUGGCACGGGGCAUGGUAAUCAGAUCAACGGCAUUGCUGCUUGGGGUGAUUUCGUUUACACUUGCGGUAUCGAUGAUAGCCUGCGUCAAAUCAGUAUCGAAGGCAACGCGUACACCGAUUACGUUGUCAAACUCAAUUGCCAACCACGCGGUUUGGCUAUUUUCCGCAAUGAGAACAUUAUAGCGCUAGCUUGCGUCAAAGAACUGACACUUGUACAGGACAACAAGAAGAUUUUCUCUUUGCCUAUCAAAUACGAAGCAAGCUCCAUUUCCGUCAACCCAGAAACAUUGGACGUUGCUGUAACUGGCGAUGAUCACAAAGUACAUGUGUAUUCACUUAAGGGUACUUCGUUGGAGGAGAAACUCGAACUACAACAUUUAGGACCGGUGACCGAUUGUAUGUACUCACCGGACAAUAAGUAUUUGGUAGCAUGCGAUGCUAACCGCAAAGUCAUACUCUACGCUGUCGAAGAGUAUAAACUCGCACACAACAAGGAAUGGGGCUUCCACAAUGCGCGCGUCAAUACUGUGGCCUGGUCGCCCAACUCACUUUUGGUUGCUAGCGGCUCUUUGGAUACUACCAUUAUCAUCUGGUCGUUAACCAAUCCAAGCAAACACACCAUCAUUAAAAAUGCUCAUCCACAAUCGCAAAUUACACGUUUAGUGUGGUUGGACAACAACACUGUGAUCUCAACUGGUCAAGAUUGCAAUACCAAAGUAUGGGAAGUGGAAACUAUUUAAGUUCAAAACCUAAAUAAUUUCAUUGACGAUUCGGGAAGUGAAGGAAAACGCAACGACUUCAGUAAUAGAUUAUGACUAACCACUAUUUAGCCGCCAUUUGCUUAAUUCAAAAACGAAAAUCUUUUAAAAUAUGUAUGCUAUAGCAAUGGAAAACCGUUUGUUGGCGCCAAAGAUAUUUCUAAAUGUUUUUCUACGCAAACAGCGACGCCAAAUUUACUGCUAUCGUCGGUUUUUUUUAACGCCCCACCGACAUUACCAUCAUACAUAUAUUCAUAGAUGCCACUCAACUGCAUCAACACAAAUCAAUGAGGUUAUAAUUAUUGAAUGUGACAUCAGCUGCCAAACAAACAGUUUAACUUAUGCAGAUGUUAAUCUAUUAUUUCGUUAAGUUCUAUAGUGACAAGAUUGUUUUGAAACAGACUACAUAUACUUUUUUUUUUGCUAACGACAUUACUACAUGCAUUUUUUCUCACUUUCUACAAGUAGAAAACAUGUUCUUCAUUUAAUUAUAUCUAAGAUCUAUGCUUUAUAGGUUUGAUUACCGUAUUCUGUAUUGAAAAAUUGGUUGGGAAAAGGUCUCAACCAACUUGCAAUUUAUAUUAACUUUUGUAGGAGUCAAUGUCGGAAGUUUAAUUCACUUUUUCUUCAUAUUUGUAAUACAUAUAUACAAAAAUAUUUAUUUUGCAUUAUAACAUAAAACAAAAAAAAAACUGAAAUGCACUGUGUAGAAUUUUGUAAAAUAUUGCGCUCAUGCGUACGCUCGUAUGAAAGUGAGAGCAAGCUAAAAUAAAUUAAGUAUUUUGCAAAAAAACAUGAAA